GAAAAUAAGUCUGCGCUGAAGGAAUGCAAGAAGAGCAACAGCCUGAGGCUGCUGCAGAUCCAAUGUCGUCCUCUGAUGCACCAGAAGAUGGCCCAAAAGAAACGUCAAGUAUUUCGCAGAAUAUCUGUAUGUUUCUGGUUUGACUGGGGAGGGUGUAUCAUAAUGGAAGGGAUAUUCAACUAAAUGUCCUUGCCUUUUCCUUACCUAAAAAGGACAGGGCUGUUGGCAAGAAAGGGAGAUAUAAUCUUGAUUUGUUUCAAGGCCCAGUUGUGUAAAUCAAAUUUAGAAAGAGUAAUGACAUAUUGAUUGUCAGUUUGCUGAUCCCAUACUUUCAAAAGUAAAUAUUUUUAGAUUUAAUAGAUACACUCAGCUAUUGUUUUGAGCUUAGCUAUUGCUUUCUAAGCCAGUGAUGCAUGAGUAUGUGUUUGCUUUGACAGUCUGGCAUCUAGUGAUAUGAUGGUGCUGAGUUGUCCCAAGUGGAAUGCUUUGCCCAUGCUAGCAUGAUAAUGAUUUGGCAAGCCUGCAAUAUGUGGCAAUAGAAGUAUUCCAACCAAAACUGUCUUGUGAAGUCCAGGAAGAGUAUCUUUUCUUACCUGUUCUUGGCAAGAUCAGAUUAUGACAGGCAUUUCUUUCUCAAGAGGAAAAAACAAAGGCUUCUUAGGAUUUGCUUUAUCUAUAUUGAUACACUGUUAUGAUAUUAAUAUAUCCAGUGCUCAUUUAUAAUAAUAGGAACAUUCAGAUUGUGCUUUCUGGCAAAUAAUAGGCUCUGAACUACCUCAGGGCAAAUUAGUGUGUAACAGUAACACUGCUGAAUAAUUCCUAGGGAUCUCAGCUUUCAUGGGAGCAAACAGAGCCUUGACUAAAGCUAUGGGAGGUGUUUGCUUUUUUCCUCCAGACAUAGAAGUUGGUUCAAUAAAAACCAUAGCUGCUCCUGAGACUGUUUUCCUUAAUUGUGUCCUUAAAUUAUAGCAUCUGGUGCUGUACCACUAUCACAUUUUUUCUUCAUGUGAAACAUUAUUCAGUCCAGUACUGAGUAUAUGUGUGAGGUGAAAGCUUGAAAAAUAAAUAGAAAUUACACCCUUUAAGGGUUACCAAAUAUGUAGAAACCACUUCCAGUUGGGGGAAUCUGAACCAUAAAUGGCUUUAGGCUAAGAAAGUAUUUGAGACAGGUAUUACACAUGCUUUCCCAUGUAUUACGCUCUGUAUUAAGUGUCCGCUUUUGACCAUAGUGAGAGGCGAGAUAUUUGCUUAGGUGGGUUUUUGUUCAUCUUCUAUGGCUGCUUUUAUAAUCAUGUGACUGAGAGUGCUACAAAUGCAACAGCCUUACCUCUACUUCCUUUUUCAGUCAUGUUUUUCUUACCUCCUCCUCAGCAUCACCAUCUGUUUUGGCGGCAAUAUUGUCGUAGCUCAAACAGUACUUGUUGCAGCACACCAUGUUCUUGGGUAUUGACCAUGAAGUAGUAGGUUGCUAAAAAGGAUGUUGAAAAGUUGCUUUUAGUUUGGGUUUUCUCUUUUGUUUGCUUGGUUUUCUUCUAAUUUGUUGGGGUUUUUGUUUGUUUGUUUUUGGUUUGGGGUUGUUUUGCCACACAGUUAAACCAGACUCAUAAAAUGAAUGUCUGGUAGGAGGCUGUAAUUUAUCUGCAUCUUUGACAUCCUGCCUACAAACUGUUCACUAAUCUUUUUUUUUUUUUUUGUUCCCCUGGGCUUAUGAUCCUAUUCCAGGCUUCUGGAGACCACUUGAGACCUCUGCUAACUUGUGCAGCAGCUUGCCAGAGAAAGAGAGUUGGUUGGAAACAAAACUCUGCUUUCCUGCUUGAUACUUUUUUUCCCUAAGAUGCAUUACAGCUUUAAGAUGAGUCAUUCAAAGUGACUUUAAUUUCCCAUCGAUGUAGAGUUAAAGUUUCUGUGUCUCAGUCAAUGAGGCUAUCUGGCAAUGAGCAUCUCUGACAGAGCUGAUAGAUCCUCCUAUUUUCCAUACAGCGAGCUUGACAUAGAGGAGCUAAACUCACUUUGUACCAUUUUGAUAUUAAAUAGUUGUUCAAUCUAGGGAAGAAUUACUGGAUUCCUGACUUAAAUACCUCUUAAGGUUUACUUUUCCUUUGUGUACUGAUCCCUGGUGCGUUAAUCACAGAAAAGGCUAGGGUUGGUACUGUAGGUAUCCUAUAUGUGCCAAUAUGUGGAGGUGACUCUGCCAUCAUAGUCACACCAGUGGCCACGUAUUGCUGCCUUUUAUAUAGAUAAGAACCCCAAAAUGGAACACUUUGGGUUUAGAAUUUUAAAAAUGCUUUUUUUUUUUUUCUUUUUCUCUAAUUUAGUGUACACCUUUUCUAAGUAUUCUUUGCUUCUCUGUCCACCUCACCUGCCACACAGCUUCUCUCUUUCCCUUACUGAACUGCGUGGACAACCUGUCCCAGUGUCCACAGGGUAGGAAACCUGGACUGAGACCCAUGCUUGGAGGCAGCCUCUCCAGUGAUGGCACUCUCAAUGAUGUAGCUUCAGAAAUGAAUCUGAUGCAGAUGCAUUUAAAAUUCUCCUGGAGAUGAAGUUGCAGAAGAGGCAGAAAAGGCCUGCUUUACCAAGCACUGUGACUGAGCUUGAUACUGAGGAUGGUUCUAAAGUAUAUGUGGUUGGAACAGCCCACUUCAGUGACAGCAGCAAAAAGGAUGUAGUAAAGACAAUACAAGAAGUGCAGCCUGAUGUAGUUGUAGUUGAACUGUGCCAGUACAGAGUUUCUAUGUUAAAGAUGGAUGAAAAGACAUUACUAAAAGAAGCCAAAGAAAUAAAUCUGGAAAAACUUCAACAAGCUAUAAAGCAGAACGGAGUCAUGUCUGGACUGAUGCAAAUGCUUCUUCUGAAGGUUUCUGCUCACAUCACAGAACAGCUGGGAAUGGCCCCAGGAGGAGAAUUCAGGGAGGCUUUCAAAGAGGCCAGUAAAGUACCUUUCUGUAAAUUCCACCUCGGUGACCGGCCCAUCCCUGUUACAUUUAAGAGAGCAAUUGCUGCACUUUCCUUCUGGCAAAAAGUCAAGCUUGCUUGGGGCCUUUGCUUCUUAUCUGACCCCAUCAGUAAAGAUGAUGUGGAGAAAUGCAAACAGAAGGAUUUACUGGAACAGAUGAUGGCAGAAAUGAUUGGAGAAUUCCCUGAUCUUCAUCGAACUAUUGUCUCCGAACGAGAUAUUUACUUGACCUACAUGCUGAAGCAAGCAGCAAAGCAGAUAGAGCUACCUCGAGCUUCAGAAAAUGAACCUAGAAAAUAUAUCCCAUCUGUUGUAGUUGGUGUUGUUGGCAUGGGUCAUGUACCUGGGAUUGAAAAGAACUGGAAUUCUGACUUAAAGAUCCAGGAAAUAAUGAGUGUGCCUCCUCCAUCAGCUUCAAGUAAGAUUUUCAAAUUUGUUUUAAAAGCAACAUUUUUUGGACUGCUGGGAUAUGGCUGCUACCGAAUAGGUCACAGGACAGCUCAGUUUGUUCUCUCAAUGCCAGCAACACAGAGCUAUCUUCAGAGGCUGACAGAGGUGCCUCAGCAAUGAACAACAAGUAGAGGCUCUGUGUGAAGAAGGUGGCAGAGGAAAAGGUGAUGGAGGCAGCGCAUGAACUGAACUGAAGGAUGAAGAUUCUAGUCAGAGCUGAUCGAUGCUGAGCAACACUCAAUCACUAUAUAAUAAAAGAGUUGAUACUAAAGUUACACCAGCUAUGAUCUAAUUAAUAGUUUUGAUUCUUGACAGGUGUGUUGCAUGAAACCAGAUGAUUCCAGUUUGAGGUAAAAGAAAUGUGUAUGCAAAUAUAUAUAUAUAUAUUAUAUAUGCAUACUAUAUACAUGUAUACUAUAUAUAUGCAUUAUAUAUAAUAUAUAUAUAUACAUAUAUAUAAAAUUGAUGAUGUAGUACAGGCAGCUUAAAGAGUGUUUGUUCAUGGCUCCUUUUCCAGAGAAAAGAACAACACAAAGUAACCUAAUUGACUGCAUCUCCUCUGAAGUUCAGGGACACUUGAGUGAUUCUUUGCUUUCUUUCUUAGGUAUAAUAAUACCAAGUGUUUGUUUCUGGUGCCAGACACUUUUACACAUAAUUUAAAAGGACAUCUUCUCAAUGUAUGUUUUAUACCUAAAACAUUUAAGCUUUUUUUAAACUUAAGAGCUUUCCAGAAAAUUCAGAAUUGUACAGGCUGUCAUACGUACAUGGCUCAGAUUUUUUACAAGCCUUACUGAAGAACAGGAAUGUUGCCUUUAGAUUGCAUCCCUUGUUACCACCAUCAGUUGAAUUGUUUUUCUCCUGCAUAGAGAAGGUAUAGCCACCCCAUCAGAAUGCAAUGUGGUUUGUGUCAGAUGUUUACAGGACACUCUGUUCCUUUAGAUUAGCUUAUUUAAACUAUACUAAUUAGCUAAAUCCUGCUGGUUCCAGUAUUGUAAAUUUAAGAGACUAGAACUACUGUACAAUUUACUUUUGUUUUUCAGACCUUUCAUAUUUGGCAUAAAAAGCCUGGAAUUAACCUGCCCCUUGUUUUUGCUACAUGAAAAUAUUUUAUUUAUCAAUGUAAUUUCUCGGUGGAUGAAUAUUUUAAUCUAUUUAAUAGGAAAGCAGUGUUCAAUUUAGUUUUUCAACCAAAUGUAGCAUUUUAUUUGGAUUACCUGCUAUUUAUACAUAGAAUUAGGGGUACUACAGACUGCUGUUAUUUUUUUUUUUAAUUAUCUGGAACACUCAUCCAUCAUCAAUCUAUUUAUUUCUUUUUUUUGGUUUUUUUUGUUUUGGUUUUUUUUUUUUUUAUCCUAGGUUCAUAUUUCAUUGGAAUUUUUUGGUACCUUCCCUUUUUACAGGAUUGUCAGUGAUUGUAAAAUGCCCUUGGCAAUCAGCUAGUCCUAGUUCAACAACACGGGUAAUACUGUCAUAUCAAAGUUAACCCGAUGUAUUUGAAUGGGGAAGUCCCAUUUGCUCCUCAGGCUCAUAUACAGUUGUUCAUUGCUUAAAGUGAGAUUUUUAUCUGUAUUUCUUUUGGGAACGAAAGAUGGGAACCAGUAUGUGAGGCAGGAGGAGGAAAAGGUGAUGAUGUUUUGUGUUUCUUUGUGGUUUUUCAGUUGGUUCAAUAAAAUCCAGAAACCACUUUUAAUAGGGUAUAUUUCCAAAGGCUUGUGUUGGAAAUAGUUCCAUACAGUCUUUUAUUUGCUAAAAGUAUGUACAUCUAUCUUCUGUGCAGUGUAGUCUUUUUUGAGCUUUUAAAAUUAAGGUUCUGAUGCUCCUCUCUGUGAUGGCAUUGACUUUGCUGGGAGCUGGUCUGUCCAUGCAACCUGAUGCUUUUCUGCCUUUCUCUUUGAAAAUUGUAUGAGUUCCAGUGCAGCAAAUUAUUAAACUGCAUGUUUAUCUUAAACCUUACUGAAUCUAACCUGAUUCUACAGAGGUCUUAAGAUGAUGCCAGGUGCUCUUCUUGGUCUGGGCCUUACAGGUGUCCAGGGAAUAAACCUUAGCAAAUGCAAAUGACAGCAAUUAAUGCUUCUAGGACACAAAGUGUAAAUGAUAAUACAGAAAAUAGUGGGGGCAGGUCCUUUUAUUUUCUAUUUUAUUAGUCAUUAAGAAACCACCAGCCAUCUCUAGCAAGAGGAGAAGCCGCAUUUGUAAACAAUUUAUAGAAGAGUAGAGUGACUGCCUAAAUUUUGAUUCCUGUUUUUUAAAAACAUUUAAUGUGUUGUUUACAAUUAAGUAGUCCUAUUUGAAUAAAUCUGUUACAUUUUAUGUACAUUUUUAAAAGAUGAAAGAAAAAGCUUAAGCUCACUCUUCUCCUGUCUUUACUGACAUACCAAAAUGUUGUUCUGUUGGUUAUUUUCUUGAGAAUAUUUAGCUGGUAGAAUAAAAUAUAUGGAUAUUUUGCUUUAAGUUAUCUACAGAUUUUUAAAGUAUCUGCAGGUAUUUUAAAAGCUCUGUAGAUCUUUGAUAUCUAUGCUCAGGUAAUUUUACACAAAGGAAAACAAAUCUAAGGUAAAUUUUAGAUAGGAGCCUUAAUCUUGGGUGGGACUAAUGCUAAAUGAUUGUCAUGGAGCAUUCUUGCAGACUUGAUGCUUUAUGCUUUUUAGUCAAAAGUGAUUACCAUCUAAGGUGUCCAUUUGUUAUUCAGUUAUUCCCUCCAGUCACUACCUUAAGUCUGUUGGUUCAAUUUUUUUUUUUUUUUUUUUACAAAGCAUAUCAGCAGAUUCUUCAGAGAGCCUCUUGGAGAAUUUGCAAUUUAUCUUCCCACUGUUACAGAUUGGCAGAUCCAUAUGCGUGCACUGUUUAUUCAGUGGCACUGGAAAGUGAUGAAUUUGCAGAACUAACAAUUCUAUGAAUCCAUACACAGAUUCUUGAUGUUGUGUAUUCAAUGUGUUGUACUGUUUAUAAACAUAAUCUGUGUUUUAGGUCCAUUCUUUUCUGUUCUAGUCAGUCCUUUCAGUGUUAGCAGCAUCCUGUAAAAUUUAAAUAUAUGUUGAAUUGUCCCAGCCCCGCCUCAACCUUAUGAAGCCAUAUUGUAUUUUUUUGGUGACAUGUACAUCUGUUUUAUGCAUUUGUACAUGUGAUGUAAAUUUGAAGUAUUUUUAACAAUGUGUGCCUUUAAAGUGAUUUAAAGUAAACAGCAGUUAUGUUCUAUUAUAUAAAAAAUAAAAUAUUUUAACCACCA